AUGGUGAAGAAGCGCCCAAGCUCAAAGGUCUUAUCGCGGAAGCUCAAGUACCGUACCGGUAUCGCGUGGAACGCACACGGUUCGUAUUCCUGCAAGGUCGAAGUACCUCAAAGGCGGUUUGGAGAGCCUCAACGUUUAUUAUACGACAACACUGUUGUAUUCGGAAUCAUUCUGCCUUUGUCAAAGCAGAGCGUCCGUGGUCUGUGCCUUGCCUACGACACUGGCUUCUCGUAG